CUUCCCCUUCCUCUUCCUGUGAGGGGCGUUGCCAUGGACGCCCGGCCGCUCUUCCAGACGCUGCACGCGCUGGUGGAGGACAACGCGGCCUUCUUCCGGGAGAGCUCCUCGGAGGUGGGCCAGCGCUUCCUGGCGGCCUUCCUGGCCAUCCGCGAGCACGCCCGCUGCCUGGAGCCCGUCCUGGGCCACUUGGCCACCAUCUACCACCUCUUCGACCUGGACGAGGAGACGCCGGCCAACGGGUACCGCAGCCUGGCCCAGACGGUGCGCUGCUGCCUGGCCCACAUCGUCCACAAGAGCCGCUACGUGGCCGCCAACCGGCGCAGCCUCUUCUUCCGCACCGGGCACAACUGCGCCGAGCUGGAGGCCUACUGCGUGGCCCUGACCCAGCUGCGCGCACUGGUCUACCUGGCCCAGCGCCUCCUCACCCAGAACCGCCCCGGGAGCCUCUUCAACCACGAGGAGCGCGGGCUCUCCCAGCUCUUCCUGCGCGAGUACACCGCCAUGCAGAAGGGGUGCUUCUACGGGAGGUGCAUGGGAUUCCAGGUCAGGGUGCCUGUGCACAUUGCCAACUCUGGCAUAGCUGAUGGCCACUCAGGUGGCAGUGGCUCCAACUUACUGCAGCAUGCUUCCUCAUCUGCUGGGAAUGAAGAUGAGAUUUAG